AUGGUCACUAAUUGCAAGUUGACGGUUGACACUGGAAUACCAGUUGAGGAUGCAACUCAUUAUAGGAGUAUUGUUGGUGCUUUGCAUUACAUCGUUAUCACGCGACCAGACAUUGCCUUUGUUGUGAAUAAGGUCUGUCAGUUCAUGCAAGCACCAUGUGAUGUUCAUCUUCAGGCAGUGAAACGAAUACUGAGGUAUCUGCAAGCUAUUGUUGAUUUUGGUCUUCGUUUUUCAGCUUCAUCACGGUUGUCUUUAACAGGCUUUGCUAAUGCAAACUGGGGGUCAGAUGCAGACAGACGAUCGACCUCGGGUUAUUGUAUCUACUUUGGUGACAAUUUGGUUUCCUGGAGCUCUCGUAAACAGCAGGUAGUCGCUCGGUCUACGGCAGAGGCUGAAUAUCAGAGUGUUGUCUGUGCUGCUGUGGAGAUGAUAUGGCUUGAAUCAUUGCUGGGUGAGUUGCGGGUGUCCGUUCAUGGGAAACAUGUCUUGUGGUGUGAUAAUUCCAGUGUUGUAGCUGUCUGUGCAAAUCCAAUCUUGCAUUCCAAGUUCAAACAUGUUGAACUUGACCUAUUUUUUGUUAGGGAAAUGGUAGCUGUCGGCAAGCUAUCGGUUUAG